GCAUGUAUUGUCCGUGGUGGCUCCAUCUCGUCUACGCAAAACGAGUCAAGGGAGGGGGAAUCUUUAUCCGUUCCGGUGGGAAGAUUCGAAAACAAGAUAAAUGUAGGAAAAUUCGAUGAAUAAUUCGAACGUUAGUUCGAUUUGAGGAGUGUGUGACACAGUGAGUUUGCCGAUAGACUAUUGAAGAAAACGAGAUGUGGGAAUAGAAGCUAGUUAAGUGACAUCUUGAAGAAAAAAAUUUUUUAACUCGAUUGUUAACAAUUGUGAUGGAUUAACGAACUGUUUUAGUGGGAUUUAUUUUCGACAAGUGUCAGUCUCGUCACUUAUCUCUCAUUUAUUCCUAAUUUCUCAAAUAUAUAUAUAUAUAUACAUCGCGAUGUAAUCUUCCGGCGAACACGUGCGCUGCUUAUAUAACCUCUAACACCUUAAUAUCUUUCUCUUUCUUUCUCGCAAGAUCUCACUAGCUUUGCGUACUACGAGCUCGGAAAUUCUCCAUUUCCCGUCUCGCUCUUUCUCGUAUCUUAUCGUAUUCCGGUACGGUAUGCGAUAACUUCACCUGGCCAAAUCGGUCCCCAGUAUAAGUUAUCUUGUGUCACAAGUCGCUAUGACGAUUAUUUUAUGCGAAAAUAAAUUCCUCUGUCCGGACGUUCACCCAUUCGCGCGAUAUUCCCACUCCCUAACGGGCUUAGAUGUCUGCUUCAGAUUUAUUGAUAAGUGAAAAGUGUGGAAUCUUUGAAUUCUUCUAUCGCUCAUCAUAAGGUGCAGUUAAAAUAAGAGUAAUGUCGGGUACUAACGAUGAAAUAAAAUAUUCCCUGGAAAUAGAUGAGAUAGAAGAGUAUGCCAUGACUUGUCUGGGGACAUUAGUAUUUGCGGACAAACAUUCUCGACAAUCAUCAAUUGCAGGUGAUUCAUCUAAGAAACAGGUUGAUUCUUUGUCACUAGCAUUUGAAGAUCUUUUCACUAUGCCAUAUAACAUCAUACAAGAUUAUAGUUUAACUAUACAACACUUAGAUAUCAGUAACAACAUGUUCAGCAGGAAUUUGCAAUUUUUAUCUGAGUUUGACAACUUGAAGUCUGUCAACUUGGAUCACAAUAAAAUAGAUGAUGUCACUGUGUUUCCAAACAUGCCAAACCUCGAGCUUCUCUGGUUGAAUCAUAAUUGCAUAAAAAACCUGUAUCCUUUCAUUAAGAAUCUCCAUAGGAGUAUACCAAAUCUGAAAUACUUAUGUCUUAUGGGAAAUGAGGCAGCACCUAGUUAUCUUAAUGGUGGAGAUUUCUGUGAUUAUAUUCGGUAUAGAUUGUAUGUGCUAUCUUGGUUUCCACACUUAGUGCAUUUGGAUGACAGAAUUGUGACCGAGCAACAACUGCUACAAGCUAGAAAACUAUUCAAACAAUCAUUGCUCGAGGACUUUGCAAUGCCGGAGUGCAUUAAAGAUCUGCACAAUAAGAUAAUAUAUUCUAAAUCAUCAGUGUCUGACAGACAAAGGAUAUCCGAUGGAACAAAUUUGAUUGUCUAAACAGUAUUAAAAAAAACGCAGCUCACAAAAAAACCUUAAUAAUAUCGUCUUCAGAGAAGAAAUCUUUAAACGAGAUUAUCUUUAAAGAGGAAAUGAGAUUAGAAUGUUUCUAUUAGAAACAUAAUGCCAAAAUAAUUAAAGCAAUAUAUAGAGAUAUUUUGUGAUGACAUAUAGGACAUACGUACAAGAGCGUUGUGUUUAAUAGUCAUUUUUUAUAAUAGUUGUGUUAGGAUGCAGCUAUAUGAACAAAUAAUUUACAUAUUUAAAUAUAAAUAUACAUACGAAAUACUUGGAAGAUUAAUUUUGAAUUGUAUAUUAUUAACAUACGUUAUUAGGCAUACAUAUUUUACUCGAAUUAAGUAUUUGUAUUAUGUGUAAGCCUUUUUUUAAAAUCAUGUACAAGACAUGUGCUAUAGAAUAUUAUUUUAUAUUCAGUACACGUGCGUCAGAAGAAGGACUUUACGAAUGACAUUUGAUAAAAAUAAAAUUUGUUUUCAUGAA